UACCUGCUUAAUUGUCUGUGGGCAACGCUAGGAUCUUUCUUCGGGGAGUCGCCUACUUCUUAGUUUUGUUCCGAGGUGCAAAAGCCUACAGGAUUCUAGAUAGUCCGGCAAAUACAUAUCAGAAUAUCGCAUCUAUAUUACUUUUUCUGCGACAACAAAUGUUUUCUGCAGCCAUGUCCAAUUCCGCUUCUUUGUCUCAAGAAGCCACUGUCUCUUCUGGUACUAUAGUUCAGAACUUUACUGCACCAAGUCAUAUCGUUUCGAUGAGCUCUCCUCAUCAGCAGCCUCAAAAGAUAAAGAAAAAAAGAAGCCUCCCCGGAAAUCCAGACCCAGAUGCUGAAGUGAUUGCGUUGUCGCCAAAGACCCUUCUGGCCACCAAUAGAUAUGUGUGUGAAAUCUGCAACAAGGGUUUUCAGAGAGAUCAGAACCUUCAGCUACACAGGAGAGGGCAUAACCUUCCAUGGAAGCUGAAACAAAGGAGCAACAAGGAGGUGAAAAAAAGAGUUUAUGUUUGCCCCGAGCCUUCGUGUGUUCACCACAAUCCCUCGAGAGCUCUGGGAGAUCUCACGGGUAUUAAGAAACACUACUGCAGAAAACAUGGAGAGAAGAAGUGGAAAUGUCACAAGUGCUCCAAAAUCUACGCUGUUCAGUCAGAUUGGAAAGCCCACUCCAAAACCUGUGGAACUAGAGAAUACAGAUGUGAUUGCGGAAUCCUUUUCUCCAGGAAGGACAGCUUCAUAACUCACAGGGCAUUUUGCGAUGCCUUGGCUGAAGAAAGUGCAAGACUGGCGGCUAAUCAACUAGCUUCCACGAACCCAAUGUUAUUUCAACCUCUCUUCCCUUUCCAAAAUCAAAUCAUGAUGAAUCCCUGGGACCCAUCCCAGGAAAACCCUAACCCUAGCAACUUUGAUGCCGUCCAAAUCAAGACGGAAGCUCAGUGUUUUCAGGUCCCAUCCCUCUCUUCCCUGCCAUUUCUUCAAGUGCAGCAGAAUAAUCAGAAGAACAUGAUAAACCCAUUCUUAGGAACUCUCCAUGUGCCCUCAAACGCCGCCACGUCGGCCCACCUGUCAGCCACUGCGCUUCUCAAAAAGGCUGCAACUCUGGGCUCCACUGCCCUCACAGGUCCAGGCGCUGCCGCUGCAGCUGAUGGUGGACCACAGUCAACAAUGGCUCACGUGACUCAGCCAAGCAUGGGCGAGUUUGGACUUGGGACUCAUCAGCAGAUCGACUCAGCGGGUCACGACUACAUUGGAGGGCUCAUGAGCCGGAAUGAAAGUGAGAGUCUGACCAGGGACUUCCUCGGCCUGAACGCCUAUGUCGACGGCGGAAGAAACUGUGGCUCCGUUGACGUUAGCCAGCUGAACGCGAAGGAUAUGCUGAUGUUCACGGGGGGCGUAGAGCAUGAUCAGUAUCUUCCAUACGAUCACCAUCAUCAGUCUCUCUUCAGAUCCCAACAAGAUUUUGCAUUCUUUGGGACCGUCACUGCGCCGGAGACGUGGGGGAGCUCUUGAGACAGAAAAGAAAAUACUUCCAAAACAAGGAGGGUAAAAUGGCCAACCGAGAUUCUGCUUUUUUUCUCUAAACUUGUCGGUUUUCUUUUACUCAGUGCGUUAUUUAUAUAUUUGGAUGUUAUGAUUAUUUUUUGUUAAGGAAGUGUAACGCUUAAUUGGUUAUGAUCAGAGCUUGCUCUUGAAUAAAU